UUCCGCUGCAUCAAUGUAAGGUUUUCUUAACUUUAUAUGUGUUUAAUUUAUCGUUUUAGAAAGUUCAUAUUUAGGAUGUUAAUAAACAUACUUGUGAGUAGAUCUAAGAUCCUGGUAAAAUAAUUCCCAACACAGCUCUCCACCACCCCUUGCACCUUGGUGCUGAGUGAGCUACUACUAGUCAGUGGGACUAGUAGGGCGGGCAUAUGAGGACCACGAGGGGACUCAUAUGUCUCCAUGAGUUGGAGUACUCAUGGACAUUAUCGGGCCGACCCGAUAGUGCAUCGAAGAAUGCCGCCAGAGGUUCAUUGGUACGUUUUCCUUGGCUUGCCGGUAUGCCGCUUGCACGGGACGUGGCCUAGAUCCUCUAAGAGACGUUGUGGCGCGCCUUGGCCACGAGCCUCAACACAAUAUGACACUGGUAGUCAUUCAUGGGCUAGCUUGCAUGCACGCAUGGGAAGAAUGCACCAUGUUGGAAAGAGACAGAGGUCUAAUGUAUGCAACUAGUUUGGUGUCUUGUCUUGAGGGCCUGCCAACAUGCGUGGAGGCAUGGCGCCUUGAGGGUUGGUCCGUGGACGUAUGGGAGUCCUUGGGCAAGGAGGGAGACUAUUCGGACAGUAUCGAGUGGGGCAUGAUAGAAGUGUUCGCACGUUGGCUUGGUGUUGGCAUCUCGCCACACAUGCUACCUUGGUCACAAGUGACAAGGUGAGCGUCGGUGUUGGGAUUUGUGUUACCAUGGUGGGAAUGAGCGUUUGUGGGCACCGACAACCUGCGGAACAAAGACAAAGGAUGACCAUGAAACCUUGGGACACCGGGGUGGUUCCGGCCAAAGGCACUCCGACGGUCAAGUCAGUAAAUUUAUAGUGCGAAGUAGAAAAAAAAAAGAAAUGUAAAUAAAUACUUCCUGUGUCUAUAGUUAUGCGAUGAUCGACGGUCAAACCUUGCUCACCGGAAUGAGAAAGAGUACGUCAGAUCGUAGAGAAAUGAUAAGUUUAGUCGUAAAACUAUAGAAAGAGAGUAAAUAUUCGUAUCCCCUCCUCCUUUUUUCCUUAAUGUCCCAGUGUGGGCCUAUUUAUUAUAUUAGGAAAAUAGCUACCUCUUGAAACGUGGUCCAUCCCUAGAGAAACGGUCUUCCUCCCCUUCUCUAGGGAUGAACGUAAUCUUUUUGGUUCGUUCCUGGAUGAGCGUCCCCACAUCAGCAUAUCACUUAGAGGGUUGAUAUUCUCGCUCCGCUAUGCUAGGAAAGAUCGCUAUUUUCGUGGGUUAGUUGGGAAACUUAACAUUCUUCUUCCUCCACGUGUCAACCCUAACAUUACACUUCAAGAUCAAGCUUUAUUGUUGGUUGGACAUUCGAAUAUGGGUAUGAGCCAAACGACAUGGAUUGGGUGUGGCCCAUGUGAGCCAUUGGGCUUACGGGUUCCUCGUUUCUGACUUAUAAGUGGGCUUUGUAAGUACUUCGAUCAUUAGGCCCUUUCGUUGGGCUUAGAGCAAUUUUCGGCCACUACAGUUUGUCCCUUGCUCUUUAAGUUGAGUUAUACUCAAAUUAAAGAGCAUUACUCGUAGGUGUGCAUGAUUGACUCAGAGUGCCUGUAGCGUAAUUUUAGACCAAGAAUGAUUGGGUCGGCAUAAGUAGUUAGAGUGAAUAUAUCUAAAAGUAAUUUUGUUUUGAUGAGGGUUUGUUACAUCAGUGAUUUUCAAGACAAGUGUAUUGUUUGUCUUCAAUUUGUUAGUGCGUCAUCUUGUUCAAUGUAAAAUUGUAGCUACUUAGAGUUGGAGACAAUUCGAGCAAGGGAAUGAAUGGAGAUAAGUGAAUGAGUAUAGUUUUUCAAUGAGCAAAACAUUAAAAACUCCUCUUUGAUGUCUUGUGUAUGGCUGAUACAAGUUAAGUGCAAGCUAGGUAUAUGAGUGGACAAGUGAUAUAAGUAUUUAUAAGGAGUAUAAUCAAGCGUUCUUAUGAUUAACUUUAUUGAAGCUUGACCGUUGGUGUGGGUCUCAUUUUGUAGCGGAUUAAGUAUGUAAAGCUUAGCUGGCUUUUGGUCUACCAAUAUAUAUAUAUAUUUAAAGUAUCAAUUUCUAUGUAUAUAUAUGCCACAAAGGAAGAUUGAGCUAUGUACAUGGGCAUAGUUUCAUAUGGACAGUAUGAUUUAAUGUUUAUUGUGUGUAUGUCCAUGUACUAGCAAUAGCUAUAACUAUUUAACUGGCAGUGAUUUAUCUGCUUCAAGAGAGGCUGACUAUGAAAAUAUUAUAUAAUAUUUAUAUGUAUGUAGACUUAUUGGAUGACCAUGGUAGUUUCCACAAAAUAUCUUUUUUGUAUAAACUGACUUACAGACACAAACUUUUGUGAUCUAUGGCCACUUCUCAUGACAUAAGAUAGAUAAAAUAUUAUUGUCUUUUUCUAGUGUGUAGUGUGAGAAGUAAAAAGUACAACACAUAGUAGAGUUUAUAUAAAUGAAAUGAGUAUGUGCUAUCACUUCAUGUUUUAAACUUGAUGUGAAUGAAUAAUAUAACAGAUUGAUUAUAGAAAGUUGGUCGUAGUGUAUUGUAGUCAAAGAGGUAUUUCACAUAUAUAUAUAUAGGGAUAUGAUUUUGUCCCGUGAUGUACUUUCACGGAAUGUAUUUCGUGGUACAUUAAAUGGAUCUCAUGGUACAUUAAAUGAGUCUCAGGGUACGUUUCUACUUUUUAACCCUAAUUACCCCUAGAUCAAUCUCAGCCGUCAGAUCAAAUAACUCCCUCAUCUGAAGGUUGCCGUACACCACAGAUUACAAUCCGUGAAAGUACAAUAACGGGACAAAAUCAUAUCCCUAUAUAUAUAUAUAUGUGUGUCAAACAGUAAUCUCUCAUCAUAGACUUUUUUCCUAUUCAUAGACCUUUCUCUUGUCAUUUUUUGGGAAUCAUAUACAUGUGUUUAGUUGGAAUGAGUGUCCCUUUAUGUUUGAAUGGAAGGAAGCAUGUAUGAGAUGGGCACUUAGAGUAUACUACAAGUUAAUGCAUUGUGUCAAAUCACCUCAUUACCAAAUACUAGUAGAAUUGGUUGGUGUUUUGGGAUGGAUGUCACGUGGGAGUGAUGUAGUUUAUGGAAUUUUUUCUUCUUGUGAAGACAUAAUGCUUGUUUGAUUUGUUAAUAGUAUAUAUACCUCAUAUAUUUCAUGUAGCUUUGAGUUGACUAUUUAUUUGUGUGGGUAGCACCAAAAGCAUGUAUAUCAUGUACCUUUUUAUUUUGGCUUCUGUUUAUAAUUUAGUUAGCAUCAUUAGUGAUAUAUUGACACAAGCAAUAUGAUGGGUUGGCUGUGAGAUAUUUAUUGUGUUUUUGUAAUUUAGAUUUUCCUUCUUCCAUGGCAUUAUUGUACUAUAUAAAUACAUAAGUAGGCCCAUCUUUUUUUUAUUUGUCACUUGUCUUCUUCUCAUUUUCAAGUGGUGUGGAGGAGAGCUUUAAGUGGUGAAGAGCUAAAAGGUCUCUCUUGUUGGUAAGUGUUUAUAAUCUUUCAUCCACCAUUGUGUUCUUGGUGUUCUUGAUAUUUUUGGUAUUCGUAGAACCAGUGCCGGCCCAAGCUAUGGGCAAGAUGGGCAACUGCCCAAGGCCUUUUUUUUUUUUACUUAUAUGCUCAUAUUAUAUAAAUAUAUAUUUACUUUGCUCUUUCAAACUAAAAAGAAAAAUCAAAUCAUAAUAAUGAGAUAGUACACACGCGCUGAGCCACUACUACAAGUAACCUCCAAUUAUAAUUUUUUUUAUUUUUUUAUUAUCUUUUAUUACUUAAAUAGUACCUAUUUUGUGGGAAAAUGAAAUUUGAUUAGACUACACAAAUAAUAUUCAAAAUUUAUUUAUUUUUUAUUAAUUAGCCGUUGGAUAUAUUGUUUAGAUAAAUGUAUAUAUAUAUCCUUCUCUUUUAUUUUUCACUAACUUCAUUUAUUCUUCUUCCAUUUUCUUACUCAUUUUCAUUCUCCUUUAGCAAUUACUAUUAUUUAAGAGCUCUCAUUCAAUUCCAUCAUUAUUACAAACUUAUAGACUAUAUUGAUAUUUGAUUUUGCAUUGAAAGAGACAAAAGAAACACAAAGGUAUAUAUUCUAACUUUUGUUUUUAUAUGUAUUAUUAACAUUAUUACAUAUUUUUCAUCUUACUUUAAUUUAUAAUAAUUAUUCUUUUUGGAUAGGAUCUCUUCCAAGAAAAGAAAAUUUCAAAGAAAAUAUUCAUAUUGAAGUACCUGUUUUGGCUUGCAAUUUUUUAGCUUAUAUCUUUCUUUCAUUCUUUUUUUCUUUAUUAUUAUUAUUAUUAUUAUUAUUAUUAUUAUUAUUAUUAUUAUUAUUAUUAUUAUUAUUAUUAUUUUGUUUAGUGUUCCUAAAUUAAAAAGGAAGCAUGUCUAGUAAGAAAUAUCUAUCAGGUUAUGAAAAACUUAAGAAAAAAAGAAAAAUAGAAAAUUUGAUAAAAACUCAACAAGGAGCUUUAGAUAAAUUUGUUACCACUAGCAAAAGAGAUGAAAAUAACACAAAUAAAGAAAUUAAUGACCAAUUAAAUUUAAAUAAUUUAGGUGAUUAUGAAAUUAUGGUAGAAAAAGGUUUAGAAAAUUGCCAUCAUAAAAUAUGUGAUAAUAUGAUAGUUGAUGAAGAAUGUCGAGAAAAUAAGGAGGAUGAUAUGGAAACUAGAAAUUGUAACAACAAUUUAGAUUAUCUUGAUGAUCCGGGAAGAUGGAAAAAUCUUGAUAAUAAACUAAUAGACUUAUUAGUAGAAAAAGGUCCAAUUAGAUUGAGUGAUAUAGAGUUUCCAAAAGAUGAUGGUAGACGUUUUUCUACUUAUCACUAUACUAGAAAUUUAUCAAAUGGAGAACAACAUGAUAGAAAGUGGUUAGUGUAUUCAAAGUGUUUGAAUAAAGUAUAUUGUUUUUGUUGUAAAUUAUUUAGUGUUAAUUCUAGUACGAUGAACCAAUUGAGCAACGAAGGAACUAAAGAUUGGAAACAUCUUGGUGAUAGGUUAAAAAGUCAUGAAACAAGUAACGAACAUAUAAUCAACAUGAGUACUUGGUUUGAUUUAGAAUCGAGAUUAUUAAUGAAUAAAACAAUUGAUAAACAUGCUCAAGAAAGAAUUAAUAAAGAGAAAGAACAUUGGAGAAAUAUUUUAAAAAGGAUAAUUUCUCUUAUAAAAUGUUUAGCUAAAAAUAAUUUGGCAUUUCGUGGGAGUCAUGAAAAGAUCUAUCAAGAAAAUAAUGGAAACUUUUUAAGUUUUAUUGAGAUGAUCACUGAAUUUGAUCCAAUAAUGAAAGAGCAUAUUCGUCGUAUUCAAAAUGGUAAAAUUCAUAAACAUUAUUUAUGACAUAAUAUUCAAAAUGAGUUAAUACAAGUGUUGGUUCACAAGAUAAAAAGUUUAAUUUUAACAAAUAUUAAAGAAGCAAAAUACUAUGUAAUUAUAUUAGAUUGUACUCCAGAUUUAAGCCACCAAGAGCAAAUGUCCAUGAUCUUAAGGUGUGUAAAUAUUUCUUCUUGUCCUAUUGAAAUUGAAGAAUACUUUUUAGGAUUUUUAAAUGUGGUAGAUACUUCAGGAAAAGGUCUCUUUGAUGAACUCAUAAGAGAAAUUAAGAAGUUAGAACUUGAUAUAAAUGAUGUAAGAGGACAAAGUUAUGAUAAUGGAUCUAACAUGAAAGGGAAACACCAAGGUGUGCAAAAAAGGUUAUUAGAUAUAAAUCCUAGGGCACUUUUUACACCAUGUGCAUGUCAUAGUCUUAAUUUAGUAAUUUGUGAUGCUGCCACUUCUUGUGUUAGAGCCAUAUCAUUUUUUGGGGUUCUACAACAAAUAUAUUCAUUAUUUUCUUCAUCACCAAAGCGAUGGAUAAUUUUAAAAAAUAAUAUAUCUAACUUAACAGUGAAAUCAUUAUCACAAACUCGUUGGGAAAGUCAUAUUGAAAGUGUAAAAGCUAUUAUACAUCAAAGUCCAAAUAUUAGAGAUGCUUUGUUAGAACUAGCAGACACAAGUGAAGAUCCUAAAAUAAAGAGUGAAGCUAACAGUCUAGUAACUUAUGAACUAGAAGAUUUUGAAUUUUUAUUAGGUAUGACUAUUUGGUAUGAUAUCUUGUUUGCAGUAAACUCUCUUAGUAAGAACUUUCAAAGUGAAGAAUCAACAAUUAAUGUUGCCAUAGAUCUUCUUAAGGGUCUUAUUUUUCUUUUUAAAAAAUAUAGGGAAAAUGGAUUUAUAUCUGCCAUGGCUUCAGCUAAAAAACUUGCAAAUGAAUUGAAAAUAGAACCAACAUUUCGUGAAAAACGUGUGAUUCGUAGAAAGAAACAAUUUGAUGAAGAUGUUAGUGAUGAUAAAAUAAAAUCUCUUGAAGAAUUAUUUAAGAUUGAGUAUUUUAUUUAUUUGGUUGAUCAAAUAAUUUCUUCACUUAAAAUAAGAUUUGAGCAAUUUGAAGUUUUAGAAAACAUUUUUGGAUUCUUAUUUGAUUUUAUUAGAUUAAAGUCAAUGGAUGAAGAUACUAUUAAACAAUGUUGUUUGAAUCUUGAAAAUUUUCUAAGUUAUAAUAGGAAUUCUGAUAUAGAUGGAAUAGAUUUAUUUUCAGAAUUAAAAGUUUUAAGAGAAAUUUAUCAAAAAGAUCAAUGUAGUCCAUUAGAAGUACUUAAUUAUAUAUAAAAAAAAUUGAUUUAUUUCCAAAUGCUUAUAUUUCUUAUAGAAUAUUGUUAAUAAUUCCAGUUUCAGUUGCAUCUGCAGAAAGAAGUUUUUCAAAAUUAAAAUUAAUAAAAACUUAUUUAAGAUCUUCGAUGUCCCAAGAAAGAUUAAAUGGAUUAGCAAUGUUGUCUAUUGAAAAAAAAAAAUUAUUAGAUAAACUUGACUAUAACGAUUUAAUAAAUAAUUUCGCAUCUCAAAAAGCUAGAAAAAUAAAUUUUUUAUAAGUUUAUUAUUUUUUUGAUUUGUAAAAUUUGUUAUUUUACUAUUUAAUUUGAGAUUUUUUUUAGUAAAUAAUUAUUGUAAAAAAAGGCC